AUGCACCCUACAUAUAUGUAUGUCCCUGAGUGCAAGGAGGUCCUCCGGCUGGUACAACUUGCGCACGAGGAGCACCCGUUUUCAGGGUUCUCGGGCAAAUCCUUCAAGACCAUUGGGUAUUUGGCUAUCCACAAAGACAUAUACCCAAUAUAUGUGGACGAAACCUACAGGAAGGUCAAGCCGUGGCUGGCGGUAAUAAAAAAUAUAGGGACCCUGGGUAUCACCGACAGUGUGGACAUCACCCGUACUCACCCAUUGUUUGAAUCAACGGAUGCUGAUGGAGAAUUCAUCCGGAAGGAGGUAAAGGCCUCCUAUUGUAGGCCGAAUGAACUGGGUGAGCCAAGACCUAUGUGGUUGCUUGCCGAGCUAUCGCAUGCCUCUGUAAAAUUCCACCCGCCAUUAUUUCCAGAUGGGUUCCCACCCCCCGCGCAUCCUGUUCCUGCAGAGAACCUAAUAUCUGCGUGCGAGAUGUCACAUGCUACCCUUUCGACUGCCAAAGUCGAGACACACCCACUGGCUCCUCCCGCACCCAUCUCCGUUAACAUGCCAUUCACACCUCCCGAAUCUCUUGAAAUCCAGUACGCCUCUAGCGAUGUGCAGGGUAUGCAGACCCUCUAUAUGCAGGCCUACGACAUGCCGGCCUUCGAUAUGCAGUCCCUCGAUAUGGAUAUGUCCCUUGUAGAUCCUCUAGACUUGGGUAACCACAUUUUCUGGCCACUACCCUCUGACAUCUCCGCCAGCGGUAUGACAGUACCUGAUGUUUUUGAGGAACCUCAUACUCUGGUUGGCGAUCCAGCCCCCCCCAAUUCGGAUAUGGAUUUGUAUCCAGAGCUAGCCUGGAAAGACUCUACUAAUCUAUGGGGGAAUUUGGCCGAGGACGACAAAAAAAGAUACCGAGUUGUGGUGCAAAAGACAAGCUGGGAGCAAGCCUUGAAGCUCACGAAAUGCCUGUUCUUGGGCAGUCUGUGGGUCGGACUCCAUGGAAAUCCAUUCAGGGUUUCAGUAGUGGAAACACAACGCCUCAUUACAAACAGCUUUCUAACCUCUUUACGGAUUGAUGGCAAGAUGUACUCACAGUUUGUCGAACGACCAUUGGUCUUGCAUCAUACCACUAUCGGGUGGUCGGUCAUCUGCACCAGUGUGCGCUCUCCCUCAUCCCUGCUCCAACUCAUCCCUGACUUGUCGGUACAGCUAGUUAAAAUGCUCGACAACGCGAAGGGUGAAUUGCGAAAAGUCCUGAAGGGAGCCAUGACCCACUAUACUGGGUUUUGUGGUAGCUUGCCCUCGCAUAGGAAAGAACAAAUCAUCUAUUUCGUUACGCUUUUCAACUCAAAAGAUCUUUGUGAUAUACAAAACGCCAUCGCCCUAUUUAUAGGACUGCAAGCCUUCAGGGAACUGAUCUGGGCAGCGUUGUUUGUCCCGAUUGAAGAGUUGGCGCAUGGCAAAGAAGAUGGUAGGGUAGCAGACCUUUUCACCGAAGAGGUCUGCACAUCAACUGGGUGCUUAGCGCAGGAUACUGUGUGUAAUCUAAUGACACUCGUAUACAAUACGAUGGUCCUUAUCUUGAAAGAACUACGUCGCAAAGAAGCCAAAAAGGAUGAUUAUUGCCCAAUGGAUGACCCUAAAUACGAGGCGCAUGAGGUCAUGAACGGAAUCAUCAUGUCUGCGCUUGGCCCGAUGUAUGAAAACCCGUGCGAGUUUGUUGCCUUCACAAAGGAGGUGACGCACCUGCCCUUCAUCACGUGUGCGAACGUACUGGGUUUUGACCUGAAGAAACAAAUUCCUCAAAAGGGCACGGUCGGGAAGAAAAGGGUGUUGAGAUCUAUGGAAGACGUUGUUACCAACAUCAGCCUUUCUCAAUCAUCGUCCAGUGCCGCAUUAGGUGGCCUGCCGAACAAUGGAGGCUUUAGGUGUUACAGGUCAUUCACAGAUAUUUCUUACUCCCUUGACUAUUUCACACCUCAGCCUGCUGUCGAGUAA